AUGGACGGCUCUGGGGACGAGCUGCUAGUCAGCAGAGGGCAGGCCCUCAUCGCCAUUUCGGUCACUUCAACAGUUCUCGCCAUUGGCACUUGCGGGGUGAGGUUUAUGGCCAGGAAACAGACAAAUCGCGGAGUUUGGUGGGACGACUACUCGGUGAUAGUGGCCAUGGUGAUGGGUUUCGUGUCCAUGAUCUUUACUUCCAUCGAGGCGACGUCAAUAGGGAACUCCAUCCGAGCCAUGCAAUUCUACUACCUUGCGAAGCCCUGGCAUAUGUUCGGCACCACCCUCGGACAAAUCUCCAUCUGCUUCUUCUUCCUCCGUACCCUCGGUCGCCGGAGACCAUGGAACGUGUUCCUCGGAAUGCUCAUCCUGCUCCUGGCCCUCGUGAAUCUCGCCUUUGCGCUAGCCUCGAACUUGUUAUGCCGACCCCUCGAGAAGUUAUGGAAUCACGAGGUGGAAGGCGAGUGUUUCGACGGAGAGGCCGAGUUGGGGACUGCUUACUUUCAAGGAGGCUUUGCCGUGUUUGCCUUCUUCUUCCUCUGCAUUUUCCCCAUCAUGGUUGCACGAGAUCUCGUUUUGGUAAAGAGCAUCAGGUGGCCCUUCUACAUCCUGGCAAUCUCUAUGAUGCUGGCUGCCGUCUUCUCCAUUAUCAGGACGUACCAAAUCUCCGUCAUUGGUGCCCGAGGGUCCUUCAGUAGUGACGUCCUCCUCGCCACCAUCUUCGACGUCCUCACUCAAAACCUCGCCAUCACCGCUGCAAACAUCAUCCCCCUCGGCACGAUGCUCACCUCCCCCAACGUCCGCGACCUCUCCAACCUCGUCUCCGUCUCAUCCAGCCACCUCGACGACCUCUCCCACCGCUCCUCACACACACCCCCUCACUCCGCCAAAUCCACCAUCUUCAUCAUCGAGGGUCCCCGCCGAGGCGACGCUGAUGACUACUACUUCAAUGCUCCGCCACCACCGCCGCCCCGCCACGAUCUCGAAUCCGGCAUGGCUCGCCCCUCGGCAGCCGUGGUUCGGCCCGGUACGGCCUCUUCGAGCCGCGGAGCGAGUAGGCCGGGCACUGCUUCGGGGCACCAUUCAAGGCCUCGGACGGCUAUGUCGAACCGCUCGAACGUGCAGCAGACGAGCAGGCCUGGGACGGCGGCUUCGUGGAUUAGCGCUACGGGAAGCGUGGGGAGGUCGGGUACUUCGAUUAGUGCGGGGGGACCGCCGCCGCCUGGGGUGAAUACUGAGGCGCUGCAGGGAGUUAUUAUGAGGACGAUUAGUGUUGAGAUUGUGGAGGAGACCGUGGCUGAUGUGGAGGCUGAGCUUAGGGGCAAUGGGGACGAUUGGAGGGAUAUCUUGAAGGGUGGGAGAUAG